UAUAGUUCUACACCAAACUUACACAUUGUAGUCAGGACCUAUUCAGGGCCUUGAUUGGCAACACACAUUUAUACAGGGUGGUACAGAGGGUACAGUAGGUACCACCGUGGCAAGUAACUGGUAACCUGCAUAAAACCAUGAAGUAUAGGAGUGUGUGUGGUAGUGGGACAUAUAUAGAUAUAGAUUAAUAGAUAAUCUACAUUAGACAACAGUGACAACACAGUGACAGAGAGAGAUCGUCAAUCGGCGAGAAAAUAGAGGCUUGUCUGUGGGUUUACUUACUUAUACUUAUGCCGUGGAAAGAGUAAACGUCUGGCCUCGUUAGUCACAAUAAAAUAAAAAAGGAAGCAGACAGGUCACGAGUUUUUCGCGAAGCGAAACCUUGACUGAUCGUUAUUAAAAGGAAUCAUGGCCAGCUGUCGGCUUUUUGGGGCGCUCGCCCGUUUUUCCCGCACCAACGUGAACUUUAUUACCCGGGCAGCCCUUCACCAACCACUUCGCACCCUUGCUACAGAAUCAAAAAACAAACAUUUUUCGUACAAAGUUGCUGAAGAUGUAGCUGUUAUUUCUAUGAACUCCCCAGGGAGUAAGGUGAAUUCACUAAACUGGGAAGUAAUGUCAGAAAUAAAAUUAAUAUUACAAGAUGUGGAGAACAAUCCAUCUGUAAGAUCAGCUGUACUUAUAAGCGAUAAGCCAAAUUGUUUCAUUGCCGGUGCUGACAUUACUAUGUUGAGGGACUGCAAGGAUGAAGAGAGUGUUUAUAACAUAUCCAAGAACGGACAAGAGAUUCUCAACAAAAUUUCAGAAAGUAAAAAACCCAUUGUAGCUGCCAUCCAAGGCAGUUGCUUGGGUGGAGGACUGGAGGUAGCAUUAGCUUGCCAUUAUCGCAUAGCAGUAAAAGAUACCAAGACUGGUUUUGGUUUACUCGAAGUAAUGCUUGGCCUGCUUCCUGGUGGUGGUGGUACCCAAAGACUACCGAAACUAGUUUCACUGCCAAAUGCCCUAGACAUACCGUUGACAGGUAGAACACUGAAAGCUGAUAAAGCGAAAAAAAUUGGAUUGGUUGAUCUCCUUGUAAAUAGAUUGGGACCCGGAAUAGCCACAACAGAGGAAAACACAAGAAGAUACUUGGAAGAAACUGCGGUUCAAGUGGCGAAAGAUAUUGCUAAUGGAAAACUUAAAAUUGAUAGAGGUCCAAAGAAUACCAUCGACAAAUUGAUGAAUUAUGUCCUAUCCAUUAACUUUGUCAAAGAGCAAGUAUUCAAAAAGGCGAAAGCUACUGUUAUGAAACAAACCAAUGGACUUUAUCCAGCUCCUCUGAAGAUUUUAGAAGUGAUUCGCACUGGAAUUGAUAAGGGACCUAAAGAAGGAUAUGAAGUAGAAGCCAAGGGAUUUGCACAAUUGGCAAUGACUCCACAGAGCAAAGGCUUGAUUAGUCUUUUCUUUGGACAAACGGAAUGCAAAAAAAAUCGGUUUGGUGCUCCAAAAACUCCAGUCAAGAAUAUUGCUGUUGUUGGAGCUGGUUUAAUGGGAGCUGGCAUUGCUCAUGUGAGUAUUGACAAAGGUUACAAUGUCAUCCUGAAGGAUACAAAUGACAAUGGAUUAUACAGGGGAGUCGCUCAAAUACAGACUGGCUUGAGCAAUGCCGUUAAAAGAAAAAAAAUUAACAACAUCGAAAAAGGGAUCUUCCUCGCUAACUUAACGCCUACACUGUCCUAUGACCAGUUUAAAAAUACCGACAUUGUCAUUGAAGCAGUAUUUGAAGAUCUUGGUAUCAAACAUAAAGUCAUUAAAGAAAUUGAAUCAAGCACUCCGGAACAUUGUAUAGUUGCGACAAACACUUCUGCUAUACCCAUCACAAAGAUCGCUGCAGGAAGUGGUCGACCUGAUAGAUUAAUUGGAAUGCACUACUUUUCACCAGUUGACAAAAUGCAACUUUUGGAAAUCAUUACGCACAAAGGUACUUCCCAAGAAACGAUUAAAGCAGCCGUGGACGUUGGUCUUAAGCAAGGAAAAGUUGUUAUUACUGUUGGUGAUGGUCCAGGAUUCUAUACAACUAGAAUUUUAUCAGCCAUGAUUACUGAAGGGGUCAGGUUGAUGCAGGAGGGUGUUGACCCUAUAGAUUUAGAUAAGCUCACCAAGAAAUUUGGUUUUCCUGUUGGGGCUGCAACGCUCUCUGACGAAGUUGGUCUCGAUGUAGGUUCUCAUAUCAGCGUUGAUCUUGUGAAAGCUCUUGGAGAUAGAUUUAAGGGAGGGAAUGAAAAUAUCUUAGUUGACAUGGUCAAAGCAGGAUAUCUUGGUCGAAAAUCCGGCAAAGGUAUAUUCGUUUAUGAGACUGGUUCUAAACACAGAGACAUCAACCCAGGUGCCUUAGAUAUUAUUAAGAAAUACACUCUCCAACCAUUGGGAAGCACUUCCGAUGAAGAUAGGCAAUUGAGAAUGGUCUCAAGAUUUGUCAACGAGGCUGUACUGUGCUUGCAAGAAAACAUACUAGCCAAUCCUCUGGAAGGUGAUGUCGGAGCCGUGUUUGGUCUUGGUUUCCCACCAUUUACUGGUGGACCGUUCCGUUGGGUUGACUAUUAUGGCGCGCAUAAAUUGGUGAACAAAAUGGAAGAGUUUGCAACCCACUAUGGUGAGCCAUUCAAGCCAUGCGAUCUUCUUUACGACAUGGCGAAGGACCCUCAAAAGAAAUUCCAUCCACAGUAAAUAAUCUCGUCGGAUGAAUCACUACUGUUAUGGUCAGCAGUAAAAAGUCGGUCGGUUUAUUUCGACGCAAGUUUGUAAUUUUUGAAAGAAUUUAUGUAAUGCUAGAAGUAUGUAACUAGCACUUGGGAAUAAUUAGUUUAUAUGAAAGAAAGUGUAUCUAUAUCUACUAUACUUGUUACUGCAUUUUUUAAAGAUGCAUUUUUAUACUUUUUCAGAGUCAAAUCUUUGUAUUUUUCGACUGUCCUUGUUGAACGUGUGGUACAGACAAGCUUUUAUCAUAAGUUUAUUUUUACAUGAUGCUGUUUAUAAAAUAAAUUAUAUCCUUACCAAAA